GUACAAAACGACAUGCAACACCCGUCUCCGGUUCUCACUCGACUUUCCUGCCUGGUAAAACUGAAAAAGAAGCUUUGUCUCCUGCCAUCUUGUGCAUUUCUGCUGCUUUUAUUGUGUGAGAUAUCUUUGCCAUGUGUAUGAUUGCUUUGUUUGGUGGGAUUUUUAAUGAUAAAAGGGACUGUGCAGGGUAGUGUAGGUUACGUUGCGCUCACGGGAACACUAUAAAAGUUGGGGCUUUUUAGAGGCGAGAAGUUUGUUGCCUAACGUGUUAUGAGCACAGUUAAAAUUGAAAGCAUAACCGUGCUAUAUUUAUUCGUGUUCUGCCAUGAUAGUCUAAUGCUUUAACACAUACCAAAAUGUUAACCUUGAAAUGAUUUUUCUAAUUUGCGUGUGGAGUCGACUUAAACUUUUAACACUAAAUCAGAGUGGAUUUGUUGUUGUUAAAUUUUGUGUGUGCACUUUAUACGAAUGUGCCUUGUGAGUAUGAUGUGGUGUAGAUUUAUAGCAGUGCCGAGUGUGCCUCGGUGCCUCAGUCAGCUGUGAGAGCUCUCCCGCUGGGGCCGCUCCUCUCUGAUGGAAAAGGAGCAGCUGUGAAGGUGCUGUUUCAAGCUCUUGCUGGCAUUAACCAAAAAAAAAAAAGAAAAAACAAACCCCCCAGCAGCUUACAUUGGAGAAGGGGAACCAGGCCACGUGACUCCCACCAUCCUACCCUAUGUCACAGUGUGUAGGAGCGCUGAUUGCUCUUACCCAAUCAUGCCUGGAAUGCUGCUUGCCACUUGGGCUAUUUCUGCUAUCUGUCGCUAUCAGGGCUGCAGUGCUAACAGUUUGGCAGAUGGGACACUUUUUCGUGGAGUUUAUGUCUUUGGUUUUUAACUUCUGGCAGUGCCUGAAUUGUUGCUGUUCUCCUUCUCCUUUUCUUCUCUCUGUAAAACCAUGGCCCACCGGCUGCGGUUUCAUUUUGGCUCUGGGCGAAGCAACACAGCCCCCGAAUCAGAGAUCCUUGACCGGGAGAGAGAAGAUGACUUUUUCAUGGCAUUCCACACUCUGCCAAGAAGGAGCAGUCCUCACGCUUUCUCCCGACACGGAGCAGAUUACGGUGGUGGUGGCGAGUUGCAGGAAGUGGGCUCCUUGAAAAGGAGCACAUCCAUGUUUAUUCCCCAGCUGCUGAACAGCAUCGACGUGCGUCCCACCAGAAGCUCGUCCAUGCAGAUCUCUCUCCAGCGCAAAGCUGUGAAUGGCUGCAUGGAUGAGUGCACCACCCUGGAGUCUCCUGAGGAAAAAACACUUCCUUGCAAAGUCUCUGACUUCAGGGAGCAUUAUGCACCCCCUGCUGAAGACCAUGCUGCUUCUCCCAGCGCUCCAGAGGUGGUUCCUGGAGAUUCUCCACCCAGGCUGACGGAAGAGCUCGGGCAACAGAUUAAUGGAACUGUUUGCUGUAAUCGUAGAAUACUUUGUACUAUUCCUUCCAGUAACCAAAGUGAGGGUGCUUCAUCAGUUGCCCGAGAAGGUGAGGCCAGUGAAGCAGCUUCAGGUCUAAACAUAAGCGGUGUGAGGAUUCAGCAUCGGGCUUCAAGUGCAGACGUGCCACAAGUUACUGUGCUGCCCUUUGGUACUGAGGCUCAGAACAAUGCUCCCACCCCUGAACCACGGCGUUGGUCUUUGCAGCAUGUGCCAGAUAUGUCAGCAAAUUCAGGGAAAAAGCUCUUUGUUCUUCAGUUACAGCAGUCACAGACAAGUGGUAUGGGUGCAGGAGGCGAAUAUAACUUUGGUUUUACUGGAACAAAAGGGGACAGAUUGGUCAGGUAUCCUCGGAUACGGCUGGAAAGGAGUACUUCUUACCCUAUUCAGCCACCAGCAGAAGAAAUUAGCUCCACAGGUGAUGGAUUGAAUUCAGAACCCCAUGGAAAUGGCAGGAGCGGGUCUAGAAGCAGCUCGGUAGAGCGGAUUCCUCAAGGGCAGGGAUGCUUGUUUAAAAUCAGACCAGAUCAAAACACAAGGCAGCAGCACUUCAGGAUUCUUGUCACCCGUGGUCCUGAAGAACAAAGUCAGGUUGUUGGUAAAGAAGGUCCUGCAGCAGCCAGCACCGCAACUAGAGACGACUUUCUGGGUCAGGUGGAUGUGCCACUUAGCCACCUCCCGACUGAAGACCCAGCCAUGGAAAGGCCAUACACCUUUAAGGAUUUCCUUCUCAGACCAAGAAGCCACAAAUCUCGUGUAAAGGGUUUCUUGAGACUGAAGAUGGCUUACAUGCCUAAAAAUGGUGGCCAAGAGGAUGACAACGGUGAUCAAAGGGAUGAAUCUGAGCAUGGGUGGGAUGUGGUUGAUUCCAAUGACUCCACAUCUCAACGUCGGGAGGAGUUACCACCUCCUCCACUGCCUCCUGGGUGGGAAGAAAAAGUGGACAACCUGGGGCGGACGUACUAUGUCAACCAUAACAACAGGACCACCCAGUGGCAUCGACCAAGUUUAAUCGAUGUGGGCUCAGAGUCAGAAAACAACAUCAGACAAAUAAACCAAGAAGCAGCCCACAGGCGGUUCCGCUCCCGGAGGCACAUCAGUGAGGAUCUGGAACCAGAACCUUCCGAGACUGGAGAUGUUCCUGAGCCCUGGGAAACCAUUUCAGAGGAGGCAAGUGCAAGUGGAGAUUCCUUAAGCUUGUCAUUGCCUCCUCCUCCUGCAUCUCCAGUGUCCCGUACCAGUCCUCAGGAGCUGUCUGAGGAGCUGAGCAGAAGGCUUCAGGUCACUCCUGAUUCCAAUGGGGAACAGCUCAGUUCUUUGAUUCAAAGAGAUCCUUCUUCAAGAUUAAGAUCUUGCAGUGUAACAGACACAGUUGCUGAACAGUCUCAACUAUCCCUGCAGAGUGGUCCAUCUAGGAGAGCUCGUUCUUCAACUGUCACAGGUGGUGAGGAGCCAACGCCUUCAGUGGCCUAUGUACAUACAACCCCAGGCCUGCCCUCGGGCUGGGAGGAGAGGAAGGACACGAAGGGCCGCACCUAUUAUGUCAAUCACAACAACAGAACCACCACAUGGACACGGCCCAUCAUGCAGCUUGCAGAAGAUGGGAUGGUUGGAACCACAGCAAACAGCAGCAACCAUCUCAGUGAGCCCCAGAUACGGCGGCCCCGCAGCCUCAGCUCACCCACAGUCACUUUAUCUGCUCCACUUGAGGGCAUGAAGGACUCCCCGGUGCGCAGGGCGGUGAAGGACACCCUGUCCAACCCCCAGUCCCCCCAGCCCUCACCCUACAACUCCCCCAAACCUCAGCACAAGGGUGCUCAGAGCUUCCUGCCCCCGGGAUGGGAGAUGCGGAUCGCGCCCAACGGCCGCCCCUUCUUCAUCGAUCACAACACUAAAACGACCACCUGGGAGGAUCCACGACUGAAAUUUCCAGUGCAUUUAAGAUCAAAAGCAUCGUUAAACCCUAAUGAUUUGGGCCCUCUUCCUCCUGGUUGGGAGGAAAGAAUACAUUUGGAUGGAAGGACGUUUUACAUAGACCAUAGAAGCCAGGUGUUGAUAUGUGGAGACAUUGAUACCAGAGACUUAGUGCCCUCAUACGAUAACAAAAUUACCCAGUGGGAAGACCCCAGACUGCAGAACCCAGCAAUCACUGGCCCAGCAGUUCCAUAUUCCAGGGAGUUCAAGCAGAAGUAUGACUAUUUCCGGAAGAAGUUAAAGAAACCAGCUGAUAUACCAAACAGAUUUGAGAUGAAACUACACAGAAAUAAUAUUUUUGAGGAGUCCUACAGAAGAAUCAUGUCUGUGAAGAGACCUGAUGUACUAAAAGCCAGGCUCUGGAUUGAAUUUGAGUCUGAAAAAGGACUUGACUAUGGAGGUGUGGCGAGAGAAUGGUUUUUUCUCUUAUCCAAGGAGAUGUUUAAUCCCUAUUAUGGUCUUUUUGAAUAUUCAGCAACGGACAACUAUACACUUCAGAUUAAUCCUAAUUCAGGUCUUUGUAAUGAAGAUCACCUGUCAUAUUUCACAUUCAUUGGCCGGGUGGCUGGUCUGGCAGUGUAUCAUGGGAAGCUGUUGGAUGGCUUCUUCAUCAGACCCUUUUACAAGAUGAUGCUGGGCAAACAAAUAACUCUGAAAGACAUGGAGUCAGUGGACAGUGAAUACUACAACUCUCUGAAGUGGAUCCUGGAAAAUGAUCCUACAGAGUUGGAUCUCAUGUUUUGCAUAGAUGAGGAAAACUUUGGACAGACAUAUCAAGUCGAUCUGAAGCCAAAUGGGUCAGAAAUCAUGGUAACAAAUGAAAACAAAAGGGAAUACAUCGACCUGGUCAUCCAGUGGAGGUUUGUAAACAGAGUUCAAAAACAAAUGAAUGCUUUUUUGGAGGGAUUCACGGAACUUCUUCCUAUUGAUCUGAUUAAAAUUUUUGAUGAAAAUGAACUAGAGUUACUGAUGUGUGGCCUUGGCGAUGUUGAUGUUAAUGACUGGAGACAACAUACAAUCUACAAAAAUGGUUACUGCCCAAAUCAUCCCGUUAUCCAGUGGUUCUGGAAGGCUGUUCUCCUGAUGGAUGCCGAGAAGCGGAUCCGGCUGCUGCAGUUCGUGACGGGGACAUCACGUGUGCCUAUGAACGGAUUUGCUGAACUCUACGGUUCAAAUGGUCCUCAGCUGUUUACAAUAGAGCAAUGGGGAAGUCCUGAUAAACUGCCCAGAGCUCACACGUGCUUUAACCGCCUAGAUUUACCUCUUUAUGAAUCUUUUGAAGAUUUGAGAGAGAAGCUCCUUAUGGCAGUUGAAAAUGCUCAAGGAUUUGAAGGUGUGGAUUAAAACACUGACCUUUUCCCCUCCUUUAAGCAAGUUCUGCUCGCACUUUUGCGUUUGCCUGACAGCCUGGGAGUGACUCUGGCAGAACAGUUGCACAGCGCAGGUUCACGGAGCAAACCCUUCAGCCGUGCAGUUGCCUGAACCCAGAUGCCUGAGCUGUCACCCCUGGGUGGCUUUUCUGACGUUUCCACAGAUCACCAACUGCUUCACAUGAACUCUGGUCACAUUUCAGCAGGACUUACUCUAUUUAUGUUGUGCCUCUGUAGGCAAAGACCUUAAUAAAUAUUUUACAUAAUUUCUAAUGACAAUGAAUGGAAUUAAUCAUUUUACAGGUAUAGUAUUACAACUCAUGUUUACUUUUUGAUUUAGACAUUUUCAGAUUUUAUUUCAUUACCAUUAAAUAUCAUAUACUUGGAAAAAUGAGCAUUUUUCUUAAUUUCAUACUAGACUUGAUGCCAGUGUCAUUUCCUCAAAGCACAUUUUGAGCCUUGUGUUCCCAGACCAUUAAGAAAGGAGGAGAAAGCUAUGUUGGAAAUGUUCUCAACGUGGGCUGUGUAUCGAGAGCAACUCUCUUCCUUGAGCACAUAAAUAUUUUUCUGUGUCCAGAAGUAUGGACUGGAUGUUGCAUUUUUUGUAUAAAUAUGAUAAUAGUUACAAGUCAAAGGAGAAUCAUAAUAUAGCAUGCCAAAUCUCAUGGUUCAGUAAAGAAAUUGCCUCAUUAUUGGUAAUAUUUACAUGUACUAUAAAGGCAUUUGGGGCUAGGGUUGGCAUUAAUCAUUUUAGGAAAAUAUGCUUAACCCUGUCAUCUUUGUACAGUGAUUCUUUUACUACCCUUUCCUCUUAACUGUUUGCAAUGGAGGCAUUUUGAAUUAAACCUGGCACUAUGUGAUCUGGCACUAUAGCAAACAGGUCUGGUUUGUCUCCUAUUUGUAUGCAUUUGCUAUUGAUAUCUAAGUAACAACGGGGGGUUUUUUUGUUUGUUUCUAACUGCACCAACUCUAAAGGCACUUUAUGUAACACAUGGGAGUCAUAUCCAUUUUUUUAUCAUAAACAUUAAUGUGAUUAUAUUCCUUCUUACUGCACAUGUCUUUCUGGUGCAAUAUCUAUCAAUUGUGAAUUUGGCUGCUGAUGAUGUAUAAAAGAAAACAAACAACAAAACAGAUGUUGAGCUGAGCCUGCAGACAUGUUCCUCGGCAAUUGUUUUUGUGAUUUAUUUUUUACUUAAUCACAAAGAUUUAUUUAAUAUACACUGCUAUCUAAUCAAUUUUGUUACUUCUGACAUGUUGCAUGCUUAAACUAUAAUGUCUAAGUUGCAUCUCUUUUGUGACAGACUAAAAGUGAAAGAUUUCUGUUUCAUCCACGGAAGUGAAAUGGUUCCAGUGCCUCCCAAGUAAGUUUGAGGGCAUGGCUUCACCAAUUUCACCUCCAGGUCAUGCCCACCUACCUGCCUGCAGGGAGGCUUUUCCCCAGGAACCCUGUUAAUGCUCGUGGAGCGAGGUGACACCGUGUGCUAGAACAGAACAGCACUUACUGCCAGCAGCUCUGGUAGCCCUGCCCUUGCCCCAUGCAGCCUACAGCCAGGAGCCAGCAGCCCUUCUGCAGAGCCUUUAAUACAGUGACACUGCACCUGAAGAGGCUGGAAAGAAGCCCUAAUGCUGGUAAUAUUCAGAAAAAAAAAGUGUGAAAAGCUAAUAGAUGCACAAGGAAGGUUAUGUUAUUACUUGAGUGCAGUUUAGGAUUUGGUUUCUGUUCAGUAUGUCUCCUGACAUUCCUUUCUGACCUUUCUGUUUUCUGAUUCCUUUCUGUUUGUUGAGUGAGCUGGAGGAGAAAGUGGACUGUGUCUGAGUUGCUAGAGAAACACCCCAGCAGCAUCCCACAGCUUGUGGGGCUGUGGGAAGGAGCAUGGGAAGGUGGAGAUGUGCAGGUACAUCGAGGUGCUGCCCCUGCCCUUUCCCAUAUUAAGGUCAGUCAUUAUAACCUGAGGUCCCUUAAGGGAAGCUCCAUGCUCCAAGAUUAGUUUUCUUCCUGUCUUAGCCUGGAGGAUUUUUGGUGCAGCUGCAGGCUCUGUUCAUAUCCAGUGCCAGGUAUCAGAAUUGUAAGAACACCUGAGACACUUGGUUGUGACAGUGAAACGUGACCUCGUGUAGAUGGAGGCUGUGACCCAGCAGUAGUGCAAGGAGGUAGAACCAGGGUCAGGCUAUGUUUGGGAAUCUUACAUUCCUCCUGUGAUUUUGCUUUGGUCCUUCCCCUCAUCCUUUAGAACAGGUCUGCCAACCCCUACCUGCAUCAGAGCCCUUUCCACUACCUGGAAAUGCAUAGUCACAUCUGGCUAGAAGGGAAAUCUUCGUAGUUUGGAUUCUUUUUUUUCUUUUUAAAGGAAAUUAAGAAUGGUUUGUCUUAACAUCUUUUUGGAUCCAUCCUGCUCAGCUCCACUUAGCUCACAAACCUAAAGACACUCCAGAAGCAUUCACUAUUCAAUAUUCACUAUUCACUAUGUAAAUUCACUAUUAAAACAGCAAUACAAAUUUGUAUUAGGAUUGUAAUUAAUGUGCAUUUGGACUGAUGCAGUUUACUUGAGAGAGGUUUUAAUUUUUAGGAAACAGUUUGAUAUUAAAUGCCAGCAGAGUCCCUGAGGGUCUGUCUGGAGGGUGGCAGCUUCUAGUACAACACCAUGAGACCUGACCCAGCCCAGGCAUCACUGACUUGCCAGGUCAAACACACAACUCCCUGUCACCCCUGUACAGCUCAUGCUGCAAUUUAGGCUUUCUUACAAUCAACUAAAAUAGUUGAAUACCUUGAGGAAUGAAAAAAAAAAUCUGUCUAGGAAAAAAAAAUGUAGCUAAAUGAUUUUAUAAUGCAGCUACAACACAAACUGCUAACAUUCCUGCUGAAUUUGCACUAUGGUGCUGUGCCUUUCUCAACACAGUCCUGAUACUUCAGCCUCUGCACCACAAAAUGACCCAACAGUAUUUUGAAAUGUUCUAUUCAGCUACUUUUUCUAUUAAAAAGUGGUAAUUCUAAAGGCAGUACCUAAACCACUACUUGCCUGCUCCUCAGAAGCCUUAAGGCAAAAUAAUUCAUAAAAAUUCCAGUCACAGUACAGUCUGCAUCUCUCCUCUCCUGCUCACACUGAGUCUCACAGCUCUGCACCAUGUUAGGCUGCAGUUACCAAAGAGAUAACAUUUUUAUCAUACCCAGGUGAUUGCCAGGACUAAUUAUCAGUAGGUAGAGUAGAAAAAAAGGAACAUUACCUGAUCAGACAUUUUAAAAGAUUAAAAAAUGAAAAUACACAUUUUUAAUAAAACUUUUCCUUUUUGUAUGUAAAAUGACAAAGAAGACAAAACCCUGCAGUCUUCACCCAUCUGUUAUGAUGUUGCACUAAGAAGUGAUGCACGUUUAGAAUACACAGAAAGCUUAAAAACUGGAAUCUAACCAUAUUAAUGUUCUAGGCCACGGGACGCUCUCACCAUCAGCACACACCAUGUUUGUCCUGUGUCUGUCCACACAUACCUCUAACCACUGCUUGUCCACACUCAUCCUCCCUUUACAUGUCAGGUUUUUUUCCUUUUCUACAUUAUUUUCACAUAAACUAUGCUUGUUUUUUUCUGUUUUCCUUCAUUCUUAAUAUGAAGCUGUAAAAAUAUAAACAGUGUGCAGUCGUAUCCAGCAGUACCUGUGUUGCAUUUCUCUCAAACCUGUUCUGCUGGAGUUAAAGCUGCUGUCGAGCUGCCCACCUCCCCUGCAGAUCUGCCCCUGCCCCGCAGCACUAAGGAGGUUAUGAUUCUCACAACCCAAGUGGAAAACUCCAGAAAAUGAUGUUGCUAUGCUCAGUGUUUUUUAACAUAAAUUCUGAACCAAAUUUAAAAUUGAGAUUAUUAAUACUUGCAAACAUGCAAACGAGUCAAAACAUUCCAGAUUAAAUUAACUGGUUUGUGGGUUUUUUAUAUAUACAAAAAUCACCUCAUACUAGAAGGCUAUUCAAAAUCAUGCUAAACUACCUUAAAGUUUCUUUUUAAAGAAUUACUUAUAAAUAAUGCUCAUUUUCACAAAUAUUGCAGCUAUAAAGCAGUUGGAUUUGAUACACUCUGGGGAAAGAAUUUGUUCACGAACAAAAGUAAUUUUUCCAUUUAUUUUCUGAGAAGCAGUGAAAGAAACUGUAGUUUGUUUUCCUGACAGCAAGAGCUCAAUGUGAUAAAAUGAAAAUGUUGUAAUGAAAUGAUGCAACUUAAAUAUUUAAUA